AUGCCAUAUUUUGAUCUGGAAACCAACGAAGUUCAAGAAGUAUUCCACGGAUUCGUCAAACUUGAUGCUUUGGAUGCGAAAUGUAUUGCAACAGCAAUACAUGAGUUUUCGGCAGAAGAAGAUCUUAAUCCGGACAAAUGUGUUGGUUUAAGAUUUGACGGUUGUUCGACGAUGUUCGGGAAAGAAAGUGGUGUGCAAGCAAUCCUACGCAGAAAAUAUAAAAAAGCUUUGUGCUUUCAUCAAAAAUUACUUUGGGUUGCCCCAGAACUUCUACCACUAACAGUAGUUCCAGGUUCUCCAGCAACUCAAAAAGGCGACGUAUACAGCUUUGCUAUAAUUCUCGAAGAAAUCAUUUUAAGAGGAGGUCCUUAUCAAGCGGCUCGACAAUUUUUAGACUCUCAAGAAAUCAUUGCAAGAGUAGCCGCAAAAGAAUCUCCACCAUUUCGCCCGGCAGUUGGUAGAACGGAUUGUCCAGAAGACCUCCUCGAUUUAAUGGGAAGAUGUUGGAGUGAUUAUCCAGAUGAACGCCCAACGUUCGAAAUUAUUCGCGGGAUCGUUCGAUACAUCAUGAAAGGUUUUUGCGAGAAUCUCAUGGACGAUCUGUUACGGAGGAUGGAACAAUACGCAAAUAAUUUGGAGGCUUUGGUUGAUGAAAAAACAGAACAAUUGAGUCAAGAAAAACGGCGAUCAGAAGAAUUAUUAUAUCAAGUUUUACCACGUCCUGUGGCCCAACAAUUAAUGGCGGGAGAGAUGGUCCAACCGGAACAAUUCGAAUGCGUUACCGUUUAUUUUAGUGAUAUCGUUGGAUUUACAGCUUUAUGUACAAAAAGUACUCCGAUGCAAGUUGUAGAUUUUCUAAACGAUUUGUAUAGCACUUUCGAUAGGAUUAUUGGCUUUUACGAUGUGUAUAAAGUUGAAACGAUUGGUGAUGCUUACAUGGUUGUAUCAGGUCUUCCUGAACGUAACGGAGAUUAUCACGCUAGAGAAAUUGGUCUGAUGUCAUUAAGAAUCCUAGACGCGGUUCAUUCUUUCAGCAUUAAACACAAACCUGAAUACCAAUUACGUUUGAGGAUUGGUAUUCAUUCCGGACCGGUUUGCGCUGGUGUUGUUGGACAAAGAAUGCCACAUUAUUGUUUAUUUGGUGAUACUGUUAAUACGGCGAGUCGGAUGGAAAGUACAGGACAACCGUUGAGGAUUCAUGUUAGUGAUACCACAAAGGAAAUUUUAGAUAAAUUCGGGACGUUUCAAUUAGAGUUGAGAGGUGAAGUUGAGUUGAAAGGAAAAGGGGUUUUAACAACUCAUUGGUUGGUUAGUUGUACCGAACCAGAUCCGCGACCUCCAACUCCUGCUCAUCCAGGAAUUUUGGAGAAUCAAGAUGUUAACCCUUAUCCCUUAAUUUAUAUGGGAAAUUAAGAUUUUCAAUGAAACGAAACAAAAAGUAUUAUCAAUGUACCUGGGAGAUGUGCAUAAUUAAAAAAGAAUAAAUGUAUAUUUAUCAAAGA